AUGAAUAUGUUGGAUGAUGAAGAUGACCAAAGCUUUCACGCUACGCGUGACGGCUACUCCCAUUUGAGCGAUGUCGAAUGGGAUGCGGUUGAACGAAUGGGUUCGACCAUGGGCAUCCAUGCUGUUAGCGUCAUGCUAGAGGCUCUCAAUAGAGUUGCCCAACAUGCUACUAUCGCCAAGUUCAUUCAAAAUGAACUUGACGCAGAACGCGAGAAAGUAGCCUUGCUUCACCAACAAGGUUCUCAACAAGCAGAGUUGUUGAGAGAACAGGGUGCUCAACAGUUUGAACUGUUGAGACAGCAGCAGGCUGCUGCUGGCGGGUCGAUGCACUCGCGUCGGCCCGAGACUUUGAAGAUUGACAUCUCAAAGUAUAGGGGGGUCGAAGAAGACUCCCUCUUGAGAUGGUUCGUCGAAUUGGAUGACGCCAUAAGGGCGCGUCGCAUCGACGACGGGGAUAUGCAAGUUGCAUUUGCCCAGUCAAAUCUGGCAGGACGUGCCAAGACUUGGGCACUGGGGCUCAAGCUGCACGACCCAUACGCGUUUGGGUCGUUGGAAGUCUUCAAGUCGCGGCUCAGACAAACGUUUGAACCGCCUAGAGCUGAGUUCAGAGCUCGAACUGAACUCUUGAAGCUCAAGCAGGGUAAGCGUGAUGUGCACGCUUACGCUCAACAUAUACGACAUCUCACGAGUUGUAUAAGUUCCAAUCCGGUGGAUGAACACACGUUGGUUUCGGUGUUCAUGCAGGGUCUUGCGGAUGGUCCCGUCAAGACUCACCUGUUCCGGCUUGAACUAGAUUCACUAGAACAAGCCAUUUCAAUUGCGGAGCAGGAAGACUUCAGUCUGAGACAGGCUCGCGCCAGCUCGACAUCAUAUCGUCAACCGAGACGAUAUGACAACGGAGGUCCAGAGCCGAUGGAACUCUGUUAUGUAGAGAGCGAGAAGGUUCGCUCUACAGGCUACAAGAAGUUGCAGAGAUGCAACAGAUGUCAGAAGACAGGACACUACGCUUACGAGUGUAGUGCCCCUCGUCCAGUGUCUCGCGACACUGGGCGUAGUGACCGUCCACCCAUGAGAAAGGGGCAGGGACGAGGGUCCGCAGUUGGUGCAAAGACGCAACAACGGGAUGGACCGUCAAAAAACGGACAGGAUCAGUAG